ACGCUUAAUACGUUAAUAACGGGUAUUACGAGGAUUAGUUUCGGCCUAAGUAAGGAAAUCGUCGCCCUAAGUAUAGUAAAAGUAAAGACGCACUUCGGAACGAUAACUUUUUAUAUUUUACCUAUUAAUACCCCAUUUCUCUUAUAUCUAAAAGAUAUAGAUUAA